UUAAGCCCCAUCUGAGCACAUGUGGAUACUUCAAUCUAUCCUCAGACAAUAGCUUGCCCUAAGCUUUUAGCCUGGGCUUUGUAUCCUACCCCAGAAUUUAACGUCCUGCGUAGAGCUGAAAAAUAUCCAGCGCUUACAUUUCAACUCCCCACUUCUUCCCCCAAACCAUGCCCGACCUAUCAACUGGUGUACAAAAUCUCGCCAUCCACAAUAAAAUGAAGCACAUUACAAUUCAGUCGACUUUCACAAACGUCAUUUCGGACGUUCGAAACGGCAGCGCUGACGAUUCGUUCUGGGUCACCUUGGACGACACCAAUGAAGAGCACACUGUCAUGGUGGCGAAAGAUCCCAAAAGCGGAGCGAUUGUUUUCACAUCUCACACAGCUGGUUUUGAACAGAUUUCUGACCAUAUCUUUAAAGUCACGGUGGGAGGCUCUACAUAUAGACUUCAAACGCCCGCGCAAGCGCCUACGUGCGGUCCCUCUACCCCGUGCGAGCUCACCGCCUUGGAUGUUGCGCCUAACGUGUACGCCACCGGUGACGUGCGCGGCUGCCUUACGCUCAACACUCAACCUCCGAUCACUGUACCCGGCGCUCACCACGCAGAUAUCACCGAUAUGCGGUUUUUCCCAUCCGGGCAGGUACUCCUCUCGGUAGGUGCGGACUUGUGCGCGCGGGUUUGGGCGCUCGACGGCACCAGUCCACGCACGCUCGUUGGCCACACCGCACGAAUCACCGCGUGCGCCAUGAUUGGUCGCGGACGCAACGUGCUCACUGGAUCCCGCGAUGGGUCCAUCCGCCUGUGGGAGUGCGGCUCCGGUGGGAUGGUGCACGAGUUCCGCCGCAUCCGCGACCUCGCGGACCCCGUCACGAGCAUUGUGGUGGUUGCUGAUCCAGCGGUCACUCCGGAAACUCCCCUCUCGAGUCAGGAGUUUGAGGUUCUGGGGAAGUAUGUGUUUGGGGGCUACGAGUCUGGGAUCAUCCAGCAGUAUAGCGUUGCAGACCGCAGUAUGGGUGUUAGCUUCCUUAGCGUGGACCACUCGGCGGUUACGUGCCUCGCUGGGUCCACGACAUACAGCGAACAGUACGUGCUCUUUGCAGGGUACGAGAACGGAAUGGUACGGGUGUGGAGUUUGGGUGAGACCGCCCCAUUGCAGUCGUUUAAGGUGUCUGAUGAGCCGGUGACGAGCUUGAGCGUGGAUAUAGACUUGGUGGUUGCGGGUGGGAUGGACAAGUUGGUGAGGUUUAGUUUGGAGGGGGCGUUGCGUGGUGAAUGGGAUGCCACGUGGUUGGUAGGUGCUGCCGAUAGUGCGGUAUUUAAUAAGGUGAAGCAGGAAGGCGGGAGGGUGUACGCCGUGGGGAAGCACGGGGUGGUUGCCAUUUACGCGUGAGAGCGAGUUGCAUUGUACAAGCUUGAACUACCUGUUGAUUAAAGUCAUAAAAAUAGUAAUUAUAAUGGUCUGAAUUUAUAUGCAUUUCUGUAUUUUUACUCCAUUCUAG